UGUCCAUUUGUACUCACAUAUCCAACUCUGCAGUACUUGCUUGGCGUUUCCUGUCUGCAUUAACCGUCCAUAGAACACGAUAUGGCUGACCAACCUUCCAACACCUCGAGCCCAUCACCUCUUGGCUCGUCAUCGUCAGGAUUUAGCUUUACACUCCCUGACAAGUCCUCCCGCCCGAAAAAUAUUCCUGGAAUAAACAUUUCGCUGCCCACAAGGAAGCAAAUGGAUAUUAACCGCGUCUAUGCUCGUGAUGCUAAGAAGCUACAGUGCGCUGAUCAGGAGGAUCUGGAUAAAUACCAAGAUAUUCUUGUAGAGUAUAUGGACAUGUUUGAUGCUAUGCUUGAAGAAGGGGCAACAGUUUUAGAUGUGCUCACCGGUGUGUACAAAAUGCCUUUGAAAACUACAUCGACGGUAGACAGGCUGAUUCUCGAAGCGAUCAACAUUUGGCACAUAAAGAAGACAAAUGAGCAAGGGAACCGGCUUAAAGAUUUCAAGUCUAUGAGGAAGAUAGCACCGGUAAAGAAGAAGCAGGGCAAGGAAUGAGCUGUGCGUUGUUUUUUCAGCUGCCAAUAAAUGCUGGUGCAUGGCGUGUUC